AUGGGCCAUCAAAGUGUGGGAAAUGUUCUGGUCAUGAAGAAUGGCUUCCGAUAUGAGGGCUGUUGCCGACUGCAAGAUGGAUGUGUGGUGCUCCAGCCCGUGCACGUCUACAGCCAUGACGGCCGAGAUGGACGGCGGCGCUCGCGGGGCGCGCGCGACUUGAAACUGGAUUGGAUACGGCUCAAGUUUGAGGAUAUUGACCUCAUCAAGCCUUUGCCGCGGGUUGGGAACGUCAGAACGCACAAGGGCGGUGAGAAGGUUGCCCAGCCGGACCAGCUGCACCAGUUGCGUGCGGAGAUCGGCAAAACGUGCACGGCGCAGACGGAAGCGGAGGAGUUCUUGCCCAAGCGGCGUGUGUUGCUCCAUAUCUAUGACCUCGGCCAGGUGGCGGCAUUGCGGAUGUUAAAUGAGGUCUUCGCGCCACGGUGCCUCCCGGUGGGGGGCGCAUUCCACUGUGGAGUGGAGGUCGAUGGCCUGGAAUGGUGCUACGGCGGUACCGAUAGCUGGUCGACACCAGGCAUCGCUUGCGUAGAGCCCAAGCAAUGCCCCGGCCAUCACUACCGCCAAACCGUCGAUCUGGGCUGCACAGACCGGAGCCCGGCAACUGUUCUGCAAGUGUACUGCAAAGCCAUGCCUUCAUGGCUGCUAGUCAUGAUCAUUUUCGUUACUGGUCAGCAGUUUGCUCAAGGAAGAGGUCGCUGA